CCACAGAUUCAUCUCAUUUACUCUCUAUAUAACAUACCAUUGCUCACUUUUACAACCAACACAAAAUUUUGAACAAAAAAAAAAAUACAACCAACACAAACAAAUAUUUCAAAUUCCUAUCAAUUCUAUUUCCAUUCAUCUUCUCUACACCAAAGAAUUCAAAAAACAAUUAAAGCUUCUACUCUAUCACCUGUUGUUUCCACAUUUUUUUGUUGAAAGAAUUCAAAAGACAAUCAAAAAUUCUACCUAUCACCUCUUGUUUCCAUAUUCUUUUGUUGAAAGGUAUAGCUAACCGCAGACAUAACAGAAAUUCGCCCGUGCAAGAAGAUACAAAUUUUCCUACAGAAACAUCAGCACGGAUCGAAGAAACUUUCAAAUGGACUUAUAAUCGAGAAAGAAUAUUUAUUGAUUUGUACGAUCAAGCAAUUGCCAUGAAUGGUUACCGCCUCAAAGAUCCUACACCCCUUGGAAGAGAGUUCUUGGUUGAAAAAUUCAACAAGGAGUUCAAUCUAAAUACAAACUAUCGGUUUUUUAAAGAAAAAAUUGAUCAACUAAAAAGAAAAUAUAAGAAGUACAAGCAACUUCUGCAAGGUUCUACGGGAAUUACGGUUGAUCCUGUUACAUCCGUUAUAUCUGCAUCUGAUUCAUGGUGGAAAGAUCGUGAAGUAUGUAAGAUUGUAAAAUCAUUUAAACGAAAACCGCCUGAAUUUUGGGAUGUGAUGCAACGUUGUUUCAUCUUACAUGAUGUACAAUCACAGUCUCUGUACUUUGUGCACCAAAAAAGAGAGGAGUUAAUGAAUGAGGGUAUAGAUAAUUACGAAAGUCAAGUUCCUGAGACAAAAGAAAAUGAAGAGGUGUAUCGCGUUAAUAUCAACGAUGAAACACGUCCCUCUAAUGAAUUCACCCAGGAUCAUUUACAACAUAAUUCUUCACAUGCUCCUCCAAUUCAUACUCCUGCUUCAAGAGUUCAACAACAAGGUGGACUAAGACGGGGAAGUAGUUCACAAAGAGGGGCAGGAAGCUCACGAAUCUCUAUUGGAAGUGGUUCACGAGGAAGUCGUAGAAAGCAGUCAUUUGAGGCAACCCUAACAGAUACAAUGAAUGGUUUCAGAGAGUUUCAGCGCCAAAGUUUACAACAAUUACGUCCAAAUUUUUUCGACCAAGAUGAUUACGAAGAAUUUGAUAAUGCUGUCAAGAUAUUUGAAUCGUUGGAGCUUCCGAGUGACACAGAUUUUUAUUGGGCUUGCAUUCAUGCAUUUAAAGAAGAAAGAUUUUGGCGUAAGUACUUUAUUGAUCGAGCUGAAAGAACCACAGAAGAUAAGUUGCGCUUUUUACAAGCUUUAACAGGAUAUACACGGGACAGCGAAUUUGUGGGAAAGCGGUUAGUCUCCGGGCAAAAUGGUGGAAGUCCUAAUCUAAGCAACUUCACUUUUGGUAGUCCAUCUGGUAGUAAUAAUUCAUGGGGUCAAAAUUCUGGUGGCCAAUGAGGUCCGAGUUUUCCACAAUGGGGUCCGAGUUUUCAACAAUGGGGUUCUAAUUUUCACCACAAUGGGGUUCUAAUUUUCAACAAUGGAGUACACCUCAAAAUGCUCCGCAUUGGGGUACACCUCCAAAUGCUCCGCAGUGGGGUACACCUCCAAAUGCUUCGUAGUGGGGUACACCUCCAACUGGACCGUAAUGGAGAACGUAACAAAAUGCGCCUCAAUGGACUUCACCACCAAGUACUCAACAAUGGGGUUCAUCACAAAAUGCUCCAUAAUGUAUUCCUCCAACAAAUGUGCAACAUGGAUUCUCACUAGGUACAGAAGUAGAGACUACGAGAAAUGCUCAACAAGGAGUUUCUCAAGGAGUAGAAGUACCCUCUUUCGAUAACGGUUUUAGAGGAGUUUCACCAGAAUAUGAUUUCACGAAUUAUGCAUCAGGAGGGCAAACAUCACGAUCACGUAGACGAGGAGGAUUAUUCAACAUUUGGGGAAAUAAAGAAGGACCAAAUUUAAAUGAAAAUCAGCAAAGUGAUUCAGGAUCUGAUGAUUAGUUAUACCAUUUGUACUUUGUUGUUAAAAGUUAUGUUAUGUUUUUAUUAUUAUUGAAUAAUGUAAUCUUCAUCAAUUUAAUUUAGUUUUAUGUUGUCUUUAUAAAAUUUCAGGCAUUUCGUAUAUGUAAGUUGCCAUGACAAGGUGCCCACAAUCUAAACUACAAUGAGAGAGUUGAGUUGUGGAAUCUGGAAAAUGAACAAUUUGAAGAUUUAAUAAUUCAACCGUCACUAAGAUACUAUAACCGAUAUUUUGAAAGAGGUCCAGUGCAAACAGAUAACGGUUUAGGAUGGAGAAAUAUAUGGCGUCGAGUCCAAGAAGAUAAUGCUGUGUGUCUUCAGUUACUAAGAAUGUCACUUGAUGUUUUUAGAGCAUUGUGUGACAAGUUACAAAUGAGUUAUGGGUUACAACCUACAAUGAAUGUUAGCAUCGAAGAGGGAGUGGCCAUGUUUUUACGAAUAUGUGGCCACAAUGAAGUUCAAAGAGAUGUUGGAUUGAGAUUUGGACGAACGCAAGAGACAGUGCAUAGAUAAUUUUUUGAAGUCCUUAGAGCAACUGAGUUACUUGCUUGUGAUUAUAUCAAGACUCCAACGAGACAAGAACUACGUCGAAUUCCUGAACGACUGCAAAUGGAUCGAAGAUAUUGGCCAUAUUUUAGUGGAUUUGUUGGAGCCAUGGAUGGAGUUCAUGUAUGUGUAAAAGUUAAACCUGAACUCCAAGGAAUGUAUUGGAAUCGCCAUGAUAGAACCUCAUUUAAUAUAAUGGGGAUAUGUGAUUUGAAUAUGUUGUUCACAUAUGUUUGGAAUGGAGCACUGGGAUCAUGUCACGAUACAGCAGUUCUCACGACGGCGCAAGAUAGUGAUGCUGAAUUUCCUUUGCCUCCUACAGACAAAUAUUAUGUAGUUGAUUCUGGCUAUUCAAAUAAACAAGGUUUUUUGGCUCCUUAUAGAUCUUCACGGAAUGGGGUUGUUAGGUAUCAUAUGUCACAGUUCAACAAUGGUCCUCCUCCUAGAAACAAACAAGAACUAUUUAAUCGUUGUCAUGCAUCACUACGUUCUGUCAUUGAGAGGACAUUUGGAGUUUGGAAGAAGAAAUGGAGGAUCCUUUGUGAAUUUCCUAGAUAUAACACUCAUGUUCAAAAAAGAGUGGUGAUGGCUACAAUGGGACUACAUAACUUUAUCAGAAUUUCAAAUUAUUUUGAUGAAGAUUUUGCCGAAGUAAUGGAGCAUACUGAUAUUAGCGACACAAAUUCUGAGAAUGAUGAAGGUGACAUGGAGACUACGGCUAUAGCUGAUGGAGAUCAAAUGGCAAACACUAGAGAAAAUAUUGCAGAUAUGUUAUGGGAAAAUCAAAAUAAUUUCCGUUAAACUAUUCUAAAUUUUA